AUGGGAAAAGCUGCAUCAAAAUUGUCCAAGGAGGAUAUCAAAAAGCUCCAAGAGCACACUUAUUUUGACAAAAGAGAGCUUCAGCUGUGGUACAAAGGGUUUUUAAGAGACUGCCCGAGUGGUCAAUUAACAGAAGAGGAUUUUGCAAAAAUUUAUCAACAAUUUUUUCCUUUUGGUGAUCCAAAAGAAUAUUGUCAUUAUUUAUUUCUUCAAUUUGAUCAAGACAACUCUAAUUUCAUAGAUUUCAGAGAAUUCAUCUUGGCUUUUAGCAUUACAAGUCGUGGAAGCACUGAACAAAAAAUAGCAUGGGCGUUUGACUUUUAUGACUAUAAUAAAACGGGGAAGCUUACAUAUAAUGACAUACUACCGGUCAUAAGUGCAGCAUACAAAAUGAUAGGUCCAAUGGCUGCAUUACCACCCGAUGAACUGACACCUGAGUUAAGAGCGGAAAAAUGGUUUACACUUUUGGACAAGAACAAGGACACCGAUAUGAUUAAGCUAGAUGAUUUCAAGAGGUUGGCUAAUAUUGAUCCGCUGAUCAAAAGCGCGUUAACAGGGUAUCUGGAUUUGGUAUAG